GAGGCAGGGGAAUUGCUUGAACCAGGGAGGUGGAGGUUGCAGUGAGCUGAGAUGGCACCACUGCACUCCAGCCUGGUGACAGCGAGAAUUCAUCUCAAAAAAAAAAAAGUUGUUUCCUGCUUGCCCUUCACAGUAAUUCAGCCCAAAAGUCAUUAUGUGGCACUGAGCAAGGUAGGCAUCUGGGGAAGGGGGGGGGCGAGAGAAAGACUGGCAAGGUAGUAGCCCAGCAGGGGGUACUGGAGCCCAAAUGCAGUGAGGAGGGUGUCUGGUGGUAGGGACUUGUGCACAGCAGCAGCCUAGCAGGGGAUGAAGAGGGCAUCUUGUUAGGGUGAAGAAAAUGGUGGCACAGGUUUUUGGAACGGAACAAAAGGUGAGCCUUAUCCAGGAGGGAGGAAGUGGUGCAGUGUAAAUUGCUUGAGCCCAAGAAGGGUAGGUUGGAGAAAAGGGGGAUGAAGAGAAGACCAUGCAUGUGGGAUGGUGGCAGUGGCACUCUGGCAUUGGGUGGCAGAGCUCAGAGAGUAGUGUGUGCGCUGAAUGGUGACAGCAAGAGGAAUUUGAUUACAUAGUGAGAGGAGGGGUGAUGAUUAUAAAAAGUAAAUUUAUUAAGGACAAGUGGGAACCAGACUUCUCAUUGUUAGGCAAGAGUAUUAAACCCAUGUAAAGAGGGGAAAUGAAAAUAAACCCUGUAGUAUUGGAAUUGAAUGUUAGGUAGCAGAUUAUGUGGAGAUUAAUAUAAAAGUCACACACACAACACCUAAAUCUGCAUGUAUGUACACUUGCAGCUUUGUCACUCAGAGGACCUGGGAACAGUGACAGUCCCAUGGUGAUUAGCAUUUCUAGCACCCAGACCUUGGUUUCUAAAACAUUCCAUCCAGAUUAUAGUUUCUAAAUGCUAUUCUCCAUUAAAAGGACUAGGUUCCUCAGAGAAAUAAUUUUAUAAUGGACAGUCUUAGCAAAUACGACUUUAAUUGGGUAAUCAAAAUUAACAUCAAUCAAAAUGGAACAAAUUUCAGUUGCAUCCACCUGAUGGGAUGCAAUGUUAAGAGCUUACUAUUCAACUGUAACAGGUAGUGGGAAUUAUUUUCUAGGUUUAGGCUGUCAUGAUGCCUUUAAGGAGCCUCCUCUACUCAGCAGCAUUAACACAUUACACAUAAAGAAGCAUGAUUUAUCCCACUGGAUGUCACCUGUUCCUCAGGGGCACCCUCUUACAGGUUGUUCAUUUGGGCUCUUCACCACCAAUCUUACUGCCCAUCUACUAUUCCAACCUGCUUAACUCACCCAGUUUCUGCUAAGUUUUUAGGCUCCCUUUGGAUAAGCACCCAUCAAGAUUUGAUCAGGCUUCUGCUCAAUGUCCUUCAAGUGGAUCUGGCCUUGCCUUGAGAGCAUGGCAUGUUACACAUAAAAGUGGAUAAUUUACAUGGUAAAUGAAAAUGGCCAAUUCUUUAAGAGGAGAAGUACUAAAACUUUAUAAAAAUCUGCUGUAUCUUGGACGAGACUAUCCAAAAGGAGCAGACUAUUUUAAAAAGCGUUUGAAGAACAUUUUCCUUAAAAACAAAGAUGUGAAGAAUCCAGAGAAGAUCAAAGAACUUAUUGCACAGGGCGAAUUUGUAAUGAAAGAGCUAGAAGCCUUGUACUUCCUUAGGAAAUACAGAGCUAUGAAACAACGCUAUUAUUCAGAUACCAACAAAACUAAUUGAUCAUUACUACUUUAAUUUAGCUGACAAUCAGUGCCAGCUGUUAUGUGUACCAGAUAUUGUGAAAUAAUUCUAACUUAAAAUGGGAAGAUAUAUUGUGUAAAAAAUCCCUGAGCUGCCCUACUGAAUAGGUUUCAACUUCUGUUCAUACUGAGAAAUUAUCAGCAACUUAAUGCUCAAUUUUGAUACAUAGUUUAGCUAUACUACCGAUUAUAAAUUAAUGAGCACCCAAUUUUGAAUGAAAAUAUAAUACACUUAAUCCUGUAACUUAAUAGGACUUAGCCAACUUUUAGCUUAUUUCUCCAUUUUACUGACAAGAGAAUGCCAUUUACUGAACAUUUAAUAAGCAAAAUAAUUUCUUAUUUCUCUUAACUUUUGAAAGGAAUCCCUUAUUUUUUCACCCAAUUUGAUACAUUAACAGCACAUACUCAAGGUUCACUCCAAAACAAAGUUUCUGACAAUGAUUUAAAUGUAGUUAUAGAAAUAAUAUGUGUGGAGUUUUUCUGACCUUGAAAUAGCCUGCUGGUGACUGGCAUUACAUACAUAACUAUUCAAUUAUUUCCAUUAUUAAUGUUGCUGCUGCUACCUUUGGGCCUAAAACCAACUCACCUGUUGUGUAUCAAUUACCUUCUUUGAUAAAAGGAAAUAAAUAAUGUUAUUCUAUUUUUUGUCAUAAAGGCAGAUUUGCUUUGCAUCUACUUCUAAAUAUGGUUUUAAGUUUAAGCAAACACACCUUUACAUAAUAUCCACAGCACCUUUUAGAAAUAAAGGAUAUUUCUAACUUAAAAGCUGCAUAAAAAGAUUCACUGGUAUUCUAUAGUGUCUAUGGCUUAUAAAGUAUUCCAUAUCCAUUUCGGGGCAAACAAUUCAAAUUCCAUGAAUAAACACACACUCACAGUCACUGUAACUAUUUUUAUUACAUUACAAUAAUUAGGAGUAGUACAGUUCAUGACAAAAAUAUUACAAAUUUUAGAUCACUUCACAGCACAUACUCCUAUAAACAUUUAAAAGUUAAUUUCAAUUAAAAGAGUGGUCAUUUUUAAUGUUUGAUAUGACCAACAUUCCUAGGUCAGCGCAACCAAAUGAUGGAAAACAACUGGAUCACACUGCAUAUGUCCCACAAAAGAAAGCACAAUGUACAAAAUGUGCAUGUUUCAGUUUACACUAUACAAAAAUAGUUAAAAUACAUUCCAGGUAAACAUGUUACAUUAAGAAAUAGUACUAGUAAGAAAUUGGCACUCAAAGGAAAAAUGCAAAGAAGUAUUUUCAACAUGAAAACACAAGACAGUGGAAUUGAAAACUUUCGGAUAAAACAUUGUAACCCAGUUAGCUCUAUGUGGGUGUGGUGGGGAGAGAUGGGCCCUCAACAUUUCUGCAGAUAACUUUUUUUUCCCCUAAAUUCAUCUAAAUUACCUAUCAUUAUCCCAAACAGGCACUUCAAACUAUUAAACUAAAAUACAGAUCUUAAUCUAGUUAUGACUAUUCUUCAAGAACUCAUGUGAGUAUCUUUAGAAAGAAAUUUUCAUUUUCUGACAGCUAUCAGUUGUAUGCUAUUCAGUUUCUCAAUGCAGAAUUCAUGCUAUCCAGUAUUAACACAGAAGUUAUUAAAUAACUGCUGGGUUCUGAAAAACAUUACUACAUAAUUAUCAAGAAAUCAUUACUUUUUGACAAAUAGAAAUCUUCAGAUAGUUUUUACUGUCUAAAAAAAUCCCCUAACAUUAUAUACUGUUUGAAGAAAAAAAUGGUUAGAAGAAAAAAAAAAUCAAUGGAAUAAAAUGAGAUGAACUUGUGCAAACUGUAACUUAACAUGCCCCACAAAGUUUCUACGUAUGUAUUAGGACAAAAUUGUGCAAUGGUGGCAACGGUUUUGAUAACCUAUAAAAGUUAGGUUCUAAAUUCCUAUGCAGUGUGACUCAGUUAAAUAAGAGCCUAGAAUGCCUACUUGGGAAUAUUCACUCAAAUGAUACAAUAUAUGUAUGCUAUAUUCUUCCACAAACAUGUUAAUGCCUAAGACUAUGUAAUUUAGCUUAAAAAAAAAAAAAAAAAAAAAAA